CGAAGGAGAGGGGUGAGGAUACAAUAAUAGAAACAAAUAUGGCGAACCCAAUACAACGAAGUGUGAAUUUUGUCAAGACAAUCUUUCGGAAGCAGACAGUGAUAUUAUUUUCGGAAAGUUAUCUACAAAAAUUUAAACCUUCAAAAAAUGUCGUGAAAUUAUUUUUGUUUGGUUCUGCUAGCUGUGUGUCAUGCUUGGUCGCACUUCGGUUGUCGAAAUCAUUGACUAUCCCGACUGUUUAUGCAGCGAAAUCAUCAAGUUCAAGCAAUAAUGAGGAAGAAGCCAGCUCCAAAAUUGAAGUCUCCUCUUACAGAGAGAUGCGCUUUCGCCAAUUCGCAUCCAUUGAGUAUGAUGGAAAUAUCUAUAUGACACCGCAGGACUUUCUGGAAUCCCUGACAGAGGAGUCUCCUAGAGCCCGCAUUGGACGCACUAUACUGACCAAAUCGGAUGUGGACAGUUUAUUGAAGAACACUCCGGCCUUGUCUAAGGGGAGCGGCAAACUGUUUCGUAAGCUGCAUGAUAAAGGUAUCAUCUCGUACACAGAGUAUUUGUUCCUGUUGUGCGUCCUAACAAUGAGUUCUCAAACUGGUCCAGUAGAUAAACACCCAAAGAAUGAGCCUCACUCUGGUUUUCGUAUUGCCUUCAACAUGUUUGAUACUGAUGGGAAUCAAAUAGUGGACAAGAAAGAGUUCCUUGUGCUGGAGAAUUUCUUCAUUCUUCCACCCAAUGAGAGGAAAUUUGUUCCACGGGACCGCAAGAAAAUGUUAUCUUUAGAGAAAGUUUUCAGUAAUGGUGGAUCCAAGCAACAGAAGGCUGCUGAAGAAGAGAACCAGGCAGAUGGACAGUCCAAAAAGAAAGCAGCUGGCAUACAGCAAUGGAUAUUGAUGAUGCAGAGUCAUGAGGUGGACAUUCCUGACACUACUCUGCUGGUACACUUCUUUGGUAAAAAUGGAAAGAAUGUACUACAGUAUAAAGACUUCCACAGAUUUAUGGAAAAUCUUCAAAGUGAAGUCAUUGAGCUGGAGUUUUUGGAAUUCUCUAAAGGCUUUAGCACAAUUUCAGAAGUGGCUUUUGCUAAAAUAUUACUCAGGUACACUAAUCUAGAGAGAGGGGAAGUUGAGGAUUGUCUUAAGAGAGUCAAGGAGAGAAUGCCUAAUGAAAAGGGUAUCAGUUUUGAUGAAUUCAAAAAGUUUUGUCAGUUCUUGAACAACUUGGAUGAUUUUGCUAUAGCCAUGAAGAUGUACACAUUUGCCCAGCAGCCUGUAUCACAAGAGGAGUUCAUGCGAGCCGUGAAAGUCUGUACUGGUUUCUCCCUGGAUCCUCACAUUGUUGCCACGCUGUUCAAUAUUUUUGACACUGACGGUGAUGGAAACUUGUCCCACAAAGAGUUCAUCUCACUUAUGAAGGACAGAUUGCACCGUGGUGCAAGAACUCACUUGAUGCACAGCCAGAACAAAUUUGAAGCUUUUAAAACAUGUGUCAAAAAUGAAAUGAGAACUUUCUAAUCGAAGUCUUGAAUUCUUCUCUGAAGGCACCAGCUUGUUCUAUGUGCUAACUCUGUGAUCCACAUAUUUUAGUGCCUAUAAUUUGUUCUGUUAAUAGCUAGAGAUCAUUCAAUAUGUUCAUAUUUCUUUUAAUUAAUGAAGUAUAUCUUGGUGGAACUCCAGACCUUUGGUUGUAUGAUGUUUGUUUUCAGUACUAUAUUGAUAGAUCCUUUAGUUUUGCUACUUUAAGUUAAAAAUGUGUGAAACAUUAUGAAUCUGUCCAAGAGUGAUGUAAAAUGUCUUAUUGUAUUGGCAUCCUUCAGUGGGUUAAUCUCAUAGAAAUAAGGUGAAAGCAUGGGCAUUAGCUAUGGUCAGAUCAAUGACCCCCCGCACUUUCUUGCUUACCUUGGUAUGAGUAAAACAAGAAAUGAAUUGGGUAUUUUUUGUAUUCCGACGCCAUAUAAUAUAUAAACAGUAUCAUAGUUCUGUAUAUAUUGGUUUCACAAUCUUUGUAUUUUCAUUUUUUAAUGUACAGUUUAAUUCACAAUAUCAGUCAGGAGUUGAUUGUGUUGUUGUUUCUACCCAGAAACCUUGAUUCAAUGAAAACUGUGAUUGUCUAUGUGUGUACUGUUUAACUUAUUAACUGCUGCUGUUUCUGUCUGUGAUUAGUAAAUGAGAGACUUUUUGAAAUGUGUGUUUCUUACAGUGUACCAUUUAUGUACAAGUACAGAGUGUUUACUUAGAUCUCAAUUGAAUGCAACUUUUGAAAUCUCCUAAUACAUUUUACAAUAACUAUCUUGAAACUUUCUUUAAUGUGAAACUAUAAAUACAAUAAAAAAUUUAAUAUAAAAACUUUA